UAUACCAUCUCACUGCUUGCCAUCCAGGAGGACGGUUUGCUGGAUGUCCCGUCUUUGAGUGAUAUCGAUCAGCGCACAGCUCCUCUGCCUCCUUUCAACCUCGACACACAAACUUUGCAGGAAGAAUCUAUAUAUUCCAUAAUUCUGUUGUGGACCAGGCCCCUGAGUAUCAUUGACCACUACGAGCUGACGUACAGUCCAGCCGAUGGACAGAGCGAUAGGGUAAUCACCCUGGACCCCAGCGCCUCGGCCUACACCUUCGGGGAACUGACGCCCUCCACGACGUACAGGUUCACUAUCAAGAGUGUGGCCGGUGAAGAUCCUACACAGACGGAGAGUAUGGAGGUUUUGGCGAGCCAGCAGACAUUGUCAUCCCCUCUUGGUGACCUCAUCCUACGUCGUAAGACCACCGAUUCCAUCACCGUCACUUGGGGUAUUGGAAACAUUGCUGUCGGUGUUCCUGAGGGGAAUUACGUUCUGAAGAUCACGCCAGGCAACCGUGACGUGCUCGCGACCAACGAAGAGAGGAACGUUGAAUUUGACAUGCUGGACGCGGCAACACUCUACACCAUACAGCUUACAGAGGACGGCAAUGUGCUCAGCAACCUCACAGUACUAACAAACCCUGUUUCACCGGCAAUUUUGGGUAUUCAGUCGGACGAGACGUCGGCUACAGUGUCUUGGAAUCGAUUUCUUGGUCACGACGUCGAUAAUUUUGAGGUGUAUUACCGCAAAGCUUCCUCCAUGGGCGAGUAUACCCUAGCAGGUGAGGUGGACGGAGAGACGCAGUCACAGAGCCUCACCGGUUUGGAUCCGUCCACAGAGUAUGAUGUUCAGGUCUUCAGCGUCGUCACAGUUGGUGAUCAGACAGCAAAAAGUGAACCAGCCGAAAUGCCAUUCACCACAGGUGCCUUCGAUCAAUUAGAGUUGAGUGUCACAGACGUCACGACCACCUCAGUCUCUCUUAUAUGGGGCACCUGGGAGGAUCGAGACAACUUGCCAGACUUCACAAAUUAUGAACUUAGUAUCAUUCCCCGUGAUGUGAAAGAAUUGAUCCCCGGCCUGGAUGAAUUCAGAGCUACGUUUGACAGGUUGAUACCUGGACAGGAAUACACAAUUCAACUCAAAUUUACCACUCUCGCUGAACCUGUGACUCAAAUCGUCCAGAGGACUAAACCUGGCCAGCCCUUAUCUCUUACAUCACCAAGAAGUAAUUUUACAGUUAUUGAUCUUGCCUUUGAGCCUCCAAUCGCUGGGUUUAUUGACUUCUUUAAACUCAUGUACUACCAGAUAGAUGGUAGUGAGCAGACGCCUAUCAUGGAGGAAUUGUUAGCUGCUGAUGAGACGUCGUUCUCAGUCGAGGGGUUGCAGCCAAACACAUCCUACUACUUCAAUCUGACUGCUAACAGCGGAACCCCAACGGACUUCACUACAAGCCUCCCAAGAGAAGCCAUUUUCACCACCAGUGCUGUACCAGAGCAAACGGUUGUAUCUGGCUCCAUCACUUGCGACACCAUCAAGAUCUUCUGGUCGCCUGACCCACAAGACGAUGUCCUGUACCGAAUAGCGAUUUCACCUGGCCCGUCCACCGACGAGUUCAGUCGUAUGCCGGAAUACACCUUCAUGGAACUCGACGCAGCCACCGAAUACACCAUUUCAGUGGCCGCUGUGGCGUUUAUUGCGAAUUAUCGCUCUGACUAUGAUCCACUAACUGUGCAGACCCGUCCGAAUGGUCCCGGAAGUAUUACCGUCAGUGACACAACAACCACGACAAUCGAGAUUACGUGGGCACCACCAGUAGACGGCAAUUUUGAUGCUUACAUUGUCUCUAUCUCAUCUGAAGGUGGUUUGCCUAGGGAGUAUGACGAAAUCCCUAGGUCGGAGGAAAGACGACUUUCUAUCACCGGACUUGAUGCUGAUGUCCUUUACACCAUUGAAAUCGAUACAGUGAUCUACGGAUCACAAAGAUUGAUAAGCUGCGAGACUGCUUCUAUAGAUGCCAGGACAGUUGCCUUGGAUGAGGGUCAGAUCACAGUUACAGCCUUCACAACAAAUUCCAUCACAGUCAUCUUUGGUAAGAAAGAAGAUGCUAGGGGAUACAUUGUAGCCUUGAGGAACCUCGAUGGUAGCACGCCAGUGGAACGUGAAGCCAACCUGCAACCUUCGGCUCGCGCUCGUGUGACCUUUGACAUGCUAACUCCAGGAGUGAAUUAUGCUAUCACACUUGACUCGGAAGGAGAGAUUGAGCAGAGGACACGACCUGUACCGCCUAGUAUCGUCCUGACUCCAACCUCCACCGUCACGUCGUUUGAAGUCGUCUGGAACCUACCACUCGGAGUCUACCACAAUUUCCUUCUUGUCAUCACCAACCCCGAUGGCACGACUAGGCCAGAGGUUGCCCUCGGGCCAACGGACAUCUCAAGGGAAGUUGAUGAGCUUCUUCCGGGAACAGAGUACUCAAUCCAGCUUUAUUCCACCGUGGGAACGGGAGAUAGCUUGAUCCGUAGUGAGCCCACUGAAGUUCAAGGAAUGACUGAAUCUCUAAGUGCGCUGAAAGUGAUCUACAUAGACCGGACCACGGAUAGUCUAGAGGUGGCUUGGGGUGCCAGUUCUUCACCCAACCCCGGUGGGUACAGGAUCUUCUUCCACCCUGAAGGACAAACCGACACCACACCUCUUAUCGCCCAGGAUAGAGACAUCAGAAGAGGAUCUCUUCAAGCCGGGCAGCUGUACAACGUCAGCGUCGUGCCCGUAAACUACCCUGAAGAACUUGGAACUCUGGCAGUCAGAACAAUUCCUUUUGCUGUUCGGGGUCUGGAACUGGCUGGGGAUCCCAGCUCUAUAUCAUUUGCCAUUUCUUGGAUCCAACCGGUGAGCGGAGUUUAUGAUGGCUAUGUAGUGUACAUUGCAGGCACAGACAAUGUAGAACGGCAGAUAGCCAGAAUAGGUGAUACUGAUACGACACAACUCCUUAUUGAGGACCUGGACCCGAAUCGUGAAUACAUCGUGUCCGUCUAUGCCGUUGCAGGCUUUGACCAGUCUACAGAGGUCCUCAGCGAAGUCACCAAGGCUGAUGUCUCAACUGUGUCGCUGGAUCCGCUGGCAUUGGAGACGUAUUCAUUGACUGAGACGACGAUUGGUGUUGCCUUCGGACCGGCCAGUGAAGAAGACCUUGUGGGCUCUUCAGGAUACACUUUGGCAUUGACACAAGAAGGCUCAACCAUCGAGGCUACCAACAUACCAAUUGAUGGUUCUACGAAGUAUGUCUUCACCAAUCUUAUACCAGGGACCUUAUACAUUGCCCAGGUGGAAGUCAGGAACACUGAUGUUCUUUCAGAUGAAUUGGGCAUUAGAACUAUUCCUCUGCAAGCUUCCAAUUUCAGAGACACGAUGGUUACAGCAGAUGAAAUCUCGCUCUCCUGGACGCCUGCUUCGGGUAACGUUGAUGGCUACGACAUCACCUACACUCCUGAGGGUGGUGAGGAAGUUACCGUGUCCGUCGAACCAGAUCAGACCAGUGCCGUUUUGAGGAACCUUGCUUCAGCUACCGAGUACAUAAUCCUGCUCAUCUCCAGGGCCGGACCAAGUACCUUUAGUGAACCUCUGGAGUUGUCUGUUACAACAAGAUCUGCCCUUCUAACCCUGCAACAGAGCCCCGAUCCUUCAACCGACGUUGUCGUGGACUGGGACGAAGAAGCGGGAUCCGUCCUGAAGUACGUGUUGACCUAUGACCCCAAUGAUGGAGAGCCAAUCUCCCCGAUCGAGACCACGACCCCUGGCCCCGUCUCCAUCACAGGCCUGAAUCCUGGCUCGCAGUAUGUCUUUACUCUCUCUACUGUUCUUACCAACAAUGUCCAGUUCUUCUCCAGCAGUGUCUCUCAUAUUACAGUCCCACAGGAGCCGGUUGAUGUAGAGAUUACAGAUGUGACGACCUCCAGCAUCACUCUGUCCUGGUCUCCACCCAGCGAAGGACAGUUCUUCGGCUACAUCUUGAACUACAGAGGAGACGGUCUUUCAUUAGAGCUUGGCCGCACCCCUGCCACCAGUCUCUUACCAAGUUAUCAGGAUUCUAUUACCCUCAAGGGCUUGACUCCGCGCUAUGAUUACAGGAUGGUAAUAGCAACAUACGUGGAUUACGAUGGUGUGACCUACACCAGUAAUAAUGUUACAAAGAUUGACCGCACAUUAUUUUCAUCUGAUCUGAACAUUGUGGUCAAGUUUGUAAACCAGACAUCUAUUACAUUUGAAUGGCAGCUUGCAGUGGGAGCAGACGGCUACGAAACAAUGGUGUUUGACCCCACAUCAGGAGGAGUGGGGUUUCCACUAACUGUACUGAAUGGUAUCAAUGAGAGAACGGUUUCUAACUUAGUCCCCGGAAGGAAUUAUCAGAUCUCUGUUUCUGCUUUAAGAGUGGAUCAGAGUGACUCGAUACAACAGAGAACAUUACCCAAUGCACCAAGUGACGUUAGUGUGGAGCCUGAGGCAGCAGCAUUAACUUUGUCUUGGGAUCCAGUCCCUGGAGAUGUUGACGGUUAUUAUGUCUUCUACCAGCUUGAGGACAACCCCUACCAGAUAUCAGAACUCUUUUAUGUGGAGGAUUCACCUAGUCCGAUGGUGCGAAUUACAGGAUUAAGACCUCUCACAGACUACACUUUAACCGUUACAUCAUAUUCCGGUGAAGGUAUUGAACGUGAAAUCAGCUCCACAGUUGUCGAAACUGCCACAGUUGACUACAGACCUGCUGAGAUCGUGAUCGAAGAAGUAACAACCGAAAGUAUCCGUCUCUCUUGGGGUGUGUCCUCUGAUCCAGCAGCAACCGGCUACGUCAUUGAGGUAUCUGGUGGGGAUGACGUGUCCAGCUACUCCAGGGGAUUAUUCCAGCAGAAUAUUGUCAUCCCCAACCUCACACCCGGAACAUUCUACACUGUUACAGUCACGGUGACCGGAAGCGGAGAACAGGAUACCGCAAGUGCACUGACAGUGCCUACUGCACCAAGGACUCUGUCUGUUGACUCUGUCUCUCAGUCCAUUGUCCAAGUGUCCUGGUCUGCUGGCGAAGGUGACUUUGAUGAGUUUCAGAUAUACCUGAGGCAAGACAGUGAAUCGGAGAUCCACAUUGAUGAUGUUCCUCCAACGCAGCUCACCCAAACUUUCGAAAACCUUGAACCUGAUACCAUGUACACUGUGAGAAUUGUUUCCGUCGUGAGGAGACAGAAUGUAGAACAGAGGAGCUCGUCUGCAGAAACUGAUUUCACUACCCAACCUAGAAUCAUAAAUCUUGAGCAAACCGGAAGAAAUCUCAGGGUGUCCUGGGCUAACGAAUUUGGAGAUGACAUUCUGAAAUACCAGCUGAUCUACAUCGAGGAUGAGGUAGAUGCUACUUCCAUGUCUGUGUUUGUUGAUCCAGGGGUUGCGCCAUCGGUCAAUCUUAUGAGAUUGCGACGGGGCCAAACAUACACGUUUAUUUUGACAGCCGUCCGACUCUCCGGGAACCGAGAACAGCUGGCUUCUACCUCAUACACUCUAACACCAUCACGGCCACAGUUCACUCUUUCCAGACCCUUCCCGUCCAUCGUGAGAUUCCUCGCAAGGCUCCUUGGUGGAAAAUAUAACUUCUUGCGUUUCAGGGUCGUGCUACGAGCCUCUCCAGCAGGGGCUGGCACGCCCAUCAAUAUCGACGUCCAAGUCCCAGCUGAUGCCUGUCCAGAAAUAGAGCUCUCCGGUCUCAUCCCUGACACCGACUACCAGGUCACUUUCCUUGCAGAGUCCGGUGCUUCCUCAAGUGAACCUGAAAUUGUAACAUUCACAACGCCUGCGGUAACUGAACAAGGACAGCUGUCAUUCGGCGAAUUGACCUCAUCCGGUUUCACGGUGUUCUGGUCACCCUUUAAUGGUCUGUCCACAUACACACUGACCAUUAAUGGAGGAGAUAUUGUUGUCCCUGCGACAAGUGAUCCGGUGCAAGCUUAUGAAUUCAGCAACCUAAGCCCAAGCACACUGUACACAGUCAGUCUGGCUCAGGGAGGGACGGAUAACAUCAGAACACGUCCCCAUGCUCCUAGUUCCCUAGUGGCAACGCAGGUCUUGGACACCAGCAUUCAGCUUUCAUGGACCCAUUCAUUUGAUAAUAAUGUUGCUAGAUAUGAGAUAUGCUAUUCGCCCGCUGAAGAGUCUGCCUCGCCCAUUGCUGUCCCUGGAGGCAGGUCCACCAACCAAUACACCCUGACGGGACUUGAUCCAGACACCAUAUACAUCAUCAGCAUUGCUGCGGUCACGGAUAGCCCCGAAGUCAGGAGUGAAAAGCAAACAGUCUUUGCCACAACAAUUGCUGACACCACAAUCCCCGUGGCCAGUAACUUCGAAGUCACCACCACCCAGGCCGCAGACCAUGUCAUUGUCUUGGGCUGGGAUCUUCCUGAAAGAUCAGCCUUCGACUUCUUUGAGGUGUCCUACACCCCCAACGUCGGCUCCCCGUCAUCUCCUGUCAGACUGUCCAAGACCGCCACAAGUCUUAGCGUUAUGAAUGCCUUGGCUGAUACAGUAUAUGAAUUUGAUUUAGUCAGCGUUCGAGAUGAAGAGAUGACUGACCCACCUCUUACUGUCACAGGCCAAAUAGAUGUCGAUAACCUUAUAGUUGUUAUUGGAGAGAGGACAACCACAUCUCUCGAGGUCUUGUGGGGUGAACGAUUGGCUGUUGAUGAGUACCAGGUCUCCUACGAUGGGGCUCUCUUUGAAACUGUUGAUGGGAAUGAUCCUAGAAGGGUCGUUAUCACCGGUCUUUCUCCUGGAACAGAGUAUACUGUGACUGUAGCGGGCAUCGAUGCAGGGGUUCCCGUUGCAACGGACACGGAGACAGCUUCCACAUUGCAUGAACCAAACGGACUAUCUGUGAUGGUGACUGAUCAGUCAGCCUCCAUGAUCCACCUUACCAUAACUCCGCCGUUCGAAGAUCCCCAGAGAUACGACGGGUACUACGCCCGAGUACGCGUAGGUGGCUUGACCGACUUCUCGAGUCCGGUCGCACAACGCAUCACGGUCGCGAAGUCUGCAUGCCCGGAGCUGUGGGUCAAGAACCUAGAACCUGACACAUUGUACGAUGUUGAGAUUGAGUGGUACAGUGGCUUGGAUAUCAGUGAGCCAUUGAUGAUUUCAACCAGCACGGUUGCUGCCGCACCGCUGGAAAUAAGCGUGAUCGAGCUGGGUACAGACUCCAUGACCGUGUCGUGGCAGGAAGGAACGGGAUCCUUCUCAAAUUACCUGGCCUCCUACACACCCGGUGGGACCACUCCGACACUGAUUGCAAGGGGAGAGCCACGGGUCCUGGACCUGACAGGUCGGGUUCCUGGAACUGCGUACACCAUUACAGUUCAACAGCAAGGACAGACCUCUGACCUUGAGACACACAUCCAACUUACAUUGCCUGCAAUUGUGACUGACCUAGAUGUCACAGAGUUUAAACUUGCACUCGAUGUUACAUGGAGUGUGCCCUCUACAGGCAACUAUGAUGGAUAUAGGGUCUGUCAUUACCCAAGAGGCACUCUGAGUUCACCUCAUUCCUUGGAUGGUGUCACGUCGGUCAAUCUCCCUGGUUUAAAUACCCUCACCUACUAUCUGGUUACUGUUUCAAGUCGCAUCCUUGCAACUUACGGGGAACCAUCCACAAUCACUCGGCAGACACUGAUUGGCGAUCCCGGAGACAUCAAUAUUGCUCCCGAAGAUGUCGAGACCGAAUCGAUCAAAAUUACCUGGGUUACAGUCGAUACAAUCACAAGGUACACUGUUGGAGGUGGAUCCCAGGCUCCACAGACUGUCACAGUUGCCUCCCAGGCGCAAGCUGAAUUCACCUUCACCGGUCUGACACCAGGCACUUCGUACACAUUCUUUGUAGAACCUCAGGGGAGUCAGAGGAGGGAGAGAGAACAAUCUACAAAGCCCAGCGCCAUAAGGAAUCUGGUCAUUGCCGUGGUUACAACCGAUUCUAUCACCAUUACAUGGGAGAGCCCUCUUACAGGUGGAGUCGACAGCUAUAGAGUCAUGUACUCCCCGUCAAAUGGUAACCCCACGUCUCCCCAUACCAUACUCGAUAAUGAAAACAUUGCCCAGAGCCUCACGGUGACCGAUCUGCUUCCGUCGACCCCUUACACGUUCACCGUGGUCGCCAUUGUGGAUGAUUUGGUUAGCGAGCCGGUCAGCAGGGAGAGUGGAACUACUAUCGGCAUGGACAUCGGCGAUGACUUCACCAGCACGCAAUUCACCGUUGUUUGGAAUAUACCGACCGGGGACUUCAACCAGUUCUACGUUCGAUACACCCCUUACGAUCCAACCCACCCCAACGCGCAGCAGGAUCUGCGAAUCAUCUCUGUGAGCUCAUUGGGUGGGGCAUCCCAGGGGACUCUGCUUAUCUACGGCCUCGUGCCCGGAGAGCUGUACAACGUCAAUGUGCAGACGGGAAAGAAUGGUGAACCUACUGAUGAUGGCUUUGGGACAAUAUCAUUCAGAACACCUCCAUUACCAGUGACGGAUGCCGUUGUAGUCGAGCGUGGACCAUAUUCCCUCUCCCUCGACUGGAGCGAUGUCAACUCUGUCGAUGUUGAGUACCGAAUCACAUACGAACCAGAGGAAGGAGCGCUUUUCGAAGACGCAGACGCCACGCAAGCUCUUCCGUCCAAUCAGGUGUCAGGAUCUCAAGUUGUAGCUCGAAGCUUGGCCCCCGGUAAAGAAUACAUCUUCAUGGUCGAACCUGUGAGUGGAACGGGUUCACCAGAAACUGAACAAGCCGGGGAGGCACAGACCGUGGUUGCAUACACACAACCUCUGAGUCCUCAGAAUCUCAUUGUGACUGAUGUUGAGGUCGAGGCAUUCACUAUUUCCUGGAGUCUGCCACCAGAAAUCAACUACCCAAUUGCUUACUACUUACUGGACUUGAAUCCGGACGAGCCCAUGUUCCCUUUACGUAUUAACAGCUCAAGAGAGGAAUGGGAAGUCCACGAUGGCCUUGUUUCUGGAAGGGAAUACCAAGCCUCCAUGCGAUCAGUUAUCAUCGAUGCAGACAACCAGCUAAUAGCCAGUGAACCUGUCACAUCAGCAUUUUUCUUAUUAGUUCCCCUGCCGCCAAAUAACCUGGAAGUGGUUGAGGAGACUCCGUUGACAGUAACCUUCAGCUGGGGUCUAGAAGACACUCAACUGGACAACUUUGUCAUCUUUUACAUGCUGAACGGCGAGAGUGUCAACGUGACGGUUAACUCCGGGCUGAGGAGUUACACACUGAUGAAUCUGCAGCCUGAUACAAUGUACGACUUCAGUAUGGUGACAGUCAGCGGGGAUAAAGAAAGUGUCUCUGUUCCUGCACGUGGAGCAACAGUUGCCCUGCCACCGAACACCAUCCUAGCUGUGGAAACGACAGCCACAACCAUCAAUCUAUGGUUUUCCCCCAUUGUCGGCCCGACCGGUGCAUACGUCGUCGAGGUUGAAGGGGUGGAUGGUCCAAACACGAUUAUCCAACCCGACGAGCUGCUGAACAUUCAGCUUACUGGCUUGUCGUCGAGUACUGUGUAUGAGAUCCAGGUCAAUAGGAUGACACAGAAUUAUCGUCAGUCUGUCCGGACAAAUCCACCAAAUCCUGGCAAUGUGACAGACGUCGAACCUGGUCGAUUCGGCGUUGAAUUCAGCUUCAGCCCUGGGCAACCUGCAGAUGCUGUCAACUUCUAUGAGAUAUACGGCGAGGAUGAUGGUUCUUCAAGAAUCCUGGGCAACCCCUCUUGUUGCAACCAGGUAUUGCUUGCAUCCAUUCCUGCCGCUGCUCCUCUGACCUUUGAAGCUACGGGACUUAAUCCAAAUACACCUUACGUCUAUGAGAUAAGAUCUCUCCUGGACAGUGCUGGUGACUUUCCCAUGCAAAGAAGUAAUAAAGUACAGCUAGUUGAAUUCACGACAGCUUCACUCCCGCUUGGCGACCUCGACGUCCGCGACAUAACAACCACCACAAUCAACCUCAUAUGGCUCACGACAGGCUUAGAAUCACUGGCAUUCUUCAUCAGCUACAAGCAGGCGGAUGCGAGUUCCUUCAACACUAGUUUUACAAGAACUGAGCCGGGGACCCAGUACGCGGAAUUCACGCUGGAGUCCCUGCUGCCCGGUGAAUUGUACACUGUUAGAAUACAGAAUGGAGAAAAUGACCUCAACGAUGAAAUCACGCAGAGAACCCGUCCGAAUUCUAUCACGCGAUUGACGACGACCGCCCGCACAUCCACCAGCCUCUCCCUGGAAUGGGGUGCAGCUGACGGUGUUCUCUCCUACUAUGAAGUUGUUUACGACCCCCCAACCAUCUAUUUUCCACGACGAACCAAAGUGCGAGCAGAGGAACCACUCAAUCUCACUCUUUCUGGACUGUUCCCUAAUACAACUUACACUGUUAUCGUGGUAACGUGGUCUGGCACUAGUGCCGACGAAACAUCUAGCACUCCAUUCAUUGGCUCGUUCCAGACAGACAUCACUGGAAGCACGCGGACAGAUGUACACGCAGCUGGUGGUUCCUACCCCCUUCAGGACCCAGGUUUUUCGGCUUGCCCAUGACUCAGCUUUAUCAGGACAUCUCAAGGCAAAGAAGAAUACAGAGCGUAUUAUGGCACAUUUCUAUUGGCCGGGACUACAGUCAGAUGU